AUGAGUGAUGUGGCCGAUGCUCAGGCCAAGGAUCGCUUCUUGCAAGUUCUUUCUGUAUGUAAAGGAUCAAUUGAUCCGGCACUUCUUAUGGAACGCCUUUCUGAUGAAACACUUGAACAAUUAUCACUGAUUACUUCCCAUAUGCAAACUCGAACUCGAUAUGUUCGCACCAAAACCAGGCUUUUCUACAAGCAACAAAAAUUCAAUCUUCUUCGUGAAGAAAGCGAGGGUUACGCAAAAUUAAUUGUUGAUUUGAGCAACACCCCAGUGGGUUCGGCGGAGGAUUGUAUUACGCACGUCCGCUCUCUCAUUGGUUACUUCGACCUUGACCCAAAUCGCGUUCUUGAUAUCAUCCUGGAUGUUUUUGAAAUACGCCGGGAUGCAUCGUCUUUAUUUAUAGAACUUAUUAACUUGUAUCAACCGGAUAAGGAAAGAGACAGUAAUACACCGGAGUCGUUACAUCGCCUUGCUGCCCUGCUUAUAUCACACAAUCUGAUCGAGGUUGACAUUCUUCUUGGCCACUUACAGCCAGCAGAUUCUGUGAUCCACACCGGUCGCCUGAAAAGCAUUCGGGAGACGAAAGUUUGGAGGCCACUCAUCCAAUCUAGUGCUCCCGCAAUUCAGGGUAGUUUGGACAAUUUCAUUGCGACAAGUACAUUUUCGGCAGCUGGAGGUUCGACUAGCGGAGUUGGGAGCCUCUUGGGUGACCCUAGUCGACCCCCUGGAAUUAGUGUGGACGCGGAUCACUGGAACAGCCCUAACAAUGGAAGUAGCAACAGGCGAGGGGGAGUCGGGCCAGAACCGAUGGAUGAAUGUGAUGACAAAAAAGAUAUGUGGACUCCCGAGGACGACGCUGAGUCGGAUGAAUCGGGAGAAUUUCAAUUCUCUAAUAACCAGAAGUUGGAUCUUUGCGCGGCUUUGGUACGAUCCGGUGACUGGAAAGCGGCGCAGAAGAUUCUUGAUCGAUUUCCUGGCCACUGGAUUGGAUCUCAUAUGCCACUUAACAAGGCCAUUUGUGACUUACUUCACUUUUUGAUUGAACCACUUUAUGCGAACGACGCAUCUCUACCUUCAACGUUGCUGAAACGACGGAAGAAGCCGGCUCAACCAGAGUUAUUUGAGGGUGCUGAGGACAAUAAGACGUUGGAUGUCCAGCAAGCAUCAGACUUUAGUAGUCUUGGACGUCAGGUCCUGCCUAUCACCGGUUACCUUGGACCUUUCCUUUCCAGCGACGUGAUCUUGAUUGUCAAGCUCUGCCGAAUCUGCUCUGUCUAUCUCGCUGAAACGACUGUCGAAAUGGGUAAGUUGUCAAUUGAAAAUGAAGUAAACGCAGCCUUUGAUCCAAACAAACUUCAUCGGCCAAAUUCCUAUGACCAAUACACCAGUGCCGUGUAUCGUCUCUACGGUCAGUGGAAACACCUAAGUUGCCAAAAUGAGCCGGCAUUAUUGCGAAAGCGUACUGUCAUCCUAAGUCGCACGAAGGCAGUAAUGAAGCGCUUGAGUAAGGAGAAUGUUAAGCAACUAGGACGCCAUCUUGGGAAGCUCUCUCACUGCAACCCCGGCGUAAUAUUCGACUUCAUGUUGCACAACAUCCAAAUGUUUACGAAUCUUAUUACACCGGUUGUCGAUUCGCUGAAGUACGUAAGCAGCCUCGGAUACGAUGUGCUUGCAUUUUGUCUCAUUGAAGCCCUGGCGUCGGACAAAACAAAAGCAAACUCCUCAGAAAUGGGAGGAAACUUGCAUGCACUGUCCACUUUUACUGGAGCCCUGUGCAAGAAGUACCAGUUUGAUUUGGCCGGAAUCCUUCAGUACAUAUUGAAUCAGCUCAAAGCUGGAAGAAGCGAAGAUCUGUUGAUCCUGCAGGAAGUAAUUCACCAGAUGACAGGCCUUGACCCCUACGAGGAAAUGACCGAUGAGCAACUGGAAGCGGCAUCCGGAGGCGAAAUUCUUCUUCAAGAGGGUGGAUACUACGCCCAGAUCCGAAAUGCUCGUCGAAAUGCGAAUCGUCUUAAAGAGGCCCUCAUAGAAAAUAAGGUCAUAAUGCCACUGGUCUUUCUAAUGGCACAACAGAGGGACGCAAUUCUGUAUCUAGACGAUCCAGAACGACAUGUAAAAACUGCCGGACGACUCUAUGAUCAGUGUCAGGGAACCUUGGUUCAGUUUAUCACUUUUCUCAGCCUUCAGUUGUCACGAGAAGAAAUGCAAGCACAGUGCUUCUCUAUUGAUCAGAUGAUGAGUGAGUACUUCGUUCCAGCCGACACAGCUUUCUGCCUCUUCCGGAACCUCUUUCUCCAAAAAGUCGCUGUACGUCGCUUGUUUGAGGCUGCCUCUGAAAAGUCCGCAGAAGGCGAUAAAGCCGCUCCAGGAAACAAG